CAAACACAACAAACAGACACCUAAUUGAAACAGCUCCAGGGAAUGGCUGUGAAAAGCAAGAAAGAAUUCAAAAUGUUGCUAGGUUUCAUAACAAUUUUGUCUCUGCUGACAUCAAAAACAGCUUACGCUACUUCUUCAGUGGAAACUGUUAAAUUGGUUCCUUCACAAUGGAUCAGUUGCUCAAGUUAUGUUCAUCUUCACAUACUGUGCUACGAAGGUCAGCAGCCAACGUUUCCCAAAAUGUUCCAGUCUACUUUUGUGGAAAUCAAGGGAGCGACUGGCGCAACUUGGGCUGUGUACCUUGGCCACACAGCUGCAGAAGUGUCAGCAAGCCACAGCAGCCAACAGUCAGUGUGGUCAUGGAUUGCUCCGCAAACCCAGGGUCCCUCGGAAAUCCAACUGACUCCAUUCAAUGCGUCUUGCAUUGGAAUUUCUGGGCACAAAAGCACCAUUGAAGCCAGACUUUUACUUCUCCACAUAAGCUAUUAUAGACUGGGAGCUUGCCUUGCAGGAGUUCUGUUGCUCUUUCUUGCCCCAAAGCUUGCUCGCAGCAAAAUUUGCCAUUACUUCACUGGAGUGAGUUUUGGAGUCGUGGCCUCGGCUCUAGUCAUGUCUUUUGUUCUAUGGAGAAUUUUCCCAAAGAAAGGGCUUGCAAUGUCCAUGCUUGUUGGCGGCUGGAUGGUUGGUGUCUACUUUCUAGGCUUGGCUUAUGAAAACGCCCGCCAGCUAUUUAGCGAGUACCGUGGACAUGUGGCAGCAUACAUCCUGGCCACCGGCUUGCUCUCCUUCUUUGCAGUUCAUCGGUUUGGCCCUGUGUCCAACCCAAGGACCCUCGACUGCAUUCAGUGGAGUCUUCAGGCAGCUGCCUGUCUGCUCAUUUUGCUCAGUUCUCACUAUCUUGAGGCAGCUGUUGGGAUCAUGUUUUUCUCUCUGGCAGUUUACAACUUUCCAGAUAAAUGGUCUGCCAAAAUGUCAACGUUCAUUCGAAGCAAAGUAUUCCGUCCAGAGCAUAAAUUCAUCUCUAUGGAGGAGUAUGAAGAGAUGGGCGCAAGAGAAACUGAAAAGGCUCUUCGAGAGCUGAGAGAGUUCUGUAGCUCGCCUCAAAGCAAUCCAUGGAAACUUCAGCUCAAUCUUAGCAAUCCAAGAAGGUUUGCCAAGUUUGUGGAGGGAGAAAGCCACUUGGAAAAUGAGGAAAUUCUCUCCUACAACACGAUAUCAUGGGAUGACGACGCCGAAGUCUUGACAGAUGAUGAAGACUACUAGUUUUUCGACAAAAAUCUGCAG